CAGCCCGCCACCACCACCGCCUUUGAGCAGAAGAUGGCUGUGCCUCCCAUGUAUAUUGACCUAGGCAAAUCUGCCAGGGACGUCUUCACCAAGGGCUACGGGUUUGGCUUAAUAAAACUUGAUUUGAAAACAAAAUCUGAGAAUGGACUGGAAUUUACAAGCUCAGGUUCAGCCAACACUGAGACCACCAAAGUGACGGGCAGUCUGGAAACCAAGUACAGGUGGACUGAAUACGGUCUGACGUUUACGGAGAAAUGGAACACGGACAAUACACUAGGCACGGAGAUCACUGUGGAAGAUCAGCUUGCACGUGGAUUGAAGCUGACCUUUAAUUCAUCCUUCUCACCAAAUACUGGGGGAAAAAAUGCUAAAAUCAAGACAGGGUAUAAGCGGGAGCACAUCAACCUGGGCUGCGACGUGGAUUUCGACAUAGCCGGGCCUUCGAUCCGGGGCGCCCUGGUGCUGGGUUUUGAGGGCUGGCUGGCUGGCUACCAGAUGAAUUUUGAGACAGAGAAGUCUCGAGUGACCCAGAGCAACUUUUCGGUUGGCUACAAGACUGAUGAAUUCCAGCUUCACACUAAUGUAAACGACGGGACAGAGUUUGGUGGCUCCAUUUAUCAGAAGGUGAAUAAAAAGUUGGAGACUGCCGUUAAUCUAGCCUGGACAGCAGGAAACAGUAACACUCGCUUCGGAAUGGCAGCCAAGUAUCAGAUCGACCCUGAUGCGUGCUUCUCGGCUAAAGUGAACAACUCCAGCCUGAUAGGGUUAGGAUACACUCAGACACUAAAGCCAGGUAUCAAACUGACACUGUCACCUCUGUUGGAUGGCACGAAUGUCAAUGCUGGUGGCCACAAGCUUGGUCUAGGACUGGAAUUUCAAGCAUAA